GCGAGUUGCAUUGUAUCAAAAAAGAAGAUAUUUAGGUUAUCUUCCAAAAUUUAUCAUACGAUUUCAAUAAACAGUAUGUUCGAAACUUGAGAUGGUUCCAACUACUAAAAAUAAAAAAGCUCAAAGCAAAUCCCAAAAAUCAGGAACCAUCAUGUUACAACUUCAAAAAUUUGUACAAAAAGAUUAUCUAUUAAAAAUUGUUUUUGAUCCACAUUACCUAUGGCCAGUCUGUUUAAUUUUGUUAAUUUUUGAAACAAUACUGAAUAUAUUUAUUAUCCAAUGUGUGAAAUACACGGAGAUCGAUUGGAUUGCCUAUAUGCAAGAAGUUGAAGGAUUUUUAAAUGGAACAUUGGACUAUAAAGAUUUGAAAGGUGAUACAGGACCUUUGGUAUACCCAGCUGGUUUUGUAUACAUUUAUACCAUACUCUAUUACUUAACUUCGAAAGGUACAAAUAUUUUAUUAGCUCAAUACAUUUUUUUAGGUUUUUAUUUGAUACAAACCUAUUUAGUACAAAGGAUAUUUAGAAAAACUAUGAAAUUACCACCUUAUGCCUUGAUUAUUACAACUUUGACAUCAUAUAGGAUUCAUUCUAUAUUCAUUUUAAGACUUUUCAAUGAUCCCGUAGCAGUUUUAUUGUUUUACAUAAGUUUAAACUUAUUCAUAGAUAACAAAUGGUUACUCGGUAGUAUAUUUUAUUCAUUAGCAGUUUCUGUAAAAAUGAAUAUUUUAUUGUACGCCCCGUGUCUUCUUUUAGCUUAUUUAACGAACUUGAGUUAUGUUGAUACGUUUAUAAAUUUAUUUAUUUGUGGGGUAAUUCAAUUAGUACUUGGUUUUCCGUUUUUAUAUGGGAAUCCAGUGUCAUAUUUAAAGGGUAGUUUUGAUCUAGGUCGCGUUUUCGAACACAAAUGGACUGUAAACUACCGAUUCUUAUCAAGAGAAAUUUUCGAAAACAAACUAUUUCAUAUAGGAUUAUUGGUAUUACACGUAUCGUUGCUGUUAUUAUUUUUACCCCAUUUGAAAAAAUAUCUGAGUAGUUAUGCUAAAUUGAAUAUGGUCACUGGUGAAUUGAGACUGCAAAUUAUUAGAGAGAAAACAGAGGCUGAGAGACAAUCGAAAGAGGAAGAAAAGAAAAUGACUAAAAGUCAAAGAGCUUUCGUACGUUCUUUCGAAAAACAAUUAAAAGACAGCGGAAGAGUAAAAGAAGAAUCAGAAACUGUUAAAAUUGAAGAUAAACUAUCUAAAAUAGUUCAGUUAUUCGUAUUGCCUUUCUUCGUUGCUAAUUUAAUUGGCGUUGCUUGUGCCAGAUCGUUACACUAUCAAUUUUAUAGUUGGUAUUUUCAUAGUUUACCAUAUUUAGUAUUUUGUACUGAAUACAAUGUACCAUUAAAAUUUUUAUUGUUAGCUUUGAUAGAAUAUUGUUGGAAUGUAUAUCCAAGCACCGAUUUUUCAAGUGCUUUAUUACACUGUUGUCACAUUGUUUUGUUAUUUGGUGUUUAUAAAAAUAUGAGAAAAUAAAUUACUUAUUUUUUGA